GACUGAGAACUUUGGACCUGCUGAUGCAACCCCUGGAGCGGUACCGCGAGGCUGAAGCAGGCCAGUGCCAGCCACUGCUGGACAAGACUGGCCCAGCCGGGCGGAGUGGGGGCCAGCAAGCUCCGCCCUCCUGUGACGCGACGCCGGAGCUGGGCUGAGCACGCCCUGUGGGCGCGGCUGGCUCUGCACCCCGCUGGAGGAGGAUGCUGUAACUUGCUGGAGCUGGACCUGGAGCCUGUGAUUGGUGGAGGCUGGGUGGGGGGAGGGGGUUGAGUUGGUGGGGGCCUGAAUUUGUUCUCUCUGACUUCUGGAUAUUUGGAUUCUGGCAUCCCAUUGCCCCUUGUCACUGAGUGGUAGUGAAAGGCCACCACCCUCCCUCUGAGCGGAGCCCCCCGCUCAUCUCCACCUGCUCCCCGGCCUGCAAGGAAGGCAACGGACCCCAACCCCGCCUGCCCCUCCCUCCCCCCAUCCAGCCGCCUGCCCCCCCCAUGAGGAUCUGAGGCUGUGGCAGUGGGGGGGCGGCGCCCAGCAUUUGCCUUGAGGGGGGGGGCAGGGACAGAUGAGACUGGGCGCCAUGGCCAGACUGCUGCCCUUGGCACUGCUCAUGGGUGCCCUGCUGGGCCCCGGGGCAGGCGGGGCGGCGCUGGAGUUCGGUGGCGCCACGGGGCAGUGGGCCCGCUAUGCCCGCUGGGACGCCAGCUCCUUGGGGGAGCUGAGCUUUAGCCUGAAGACAAACGUCUCGCGGGCGCUGGUGCUUUACCUGGACGACGGGGGGAACUGCGACUUCCUGGAGCUCAUGAUCGCUGACGGGCGCCUGCGCCUGCGUUUCACCAUCUCCUGUGCCGAGCCUGCCAAGGUGCACCUGGAGACGCCCGUGGAUGACGACCGCUGGCACAUGGUGCUCCUGACCCGCAACUACCGGGAGACCAUGCUGGUGGUGGACGGUGAGGCCAAGGUGGCCGAGGUCAAGUCCAAGCGGCGGGACAUGGCGGUGGAGAGCGACCUCUUUGUGGGGGGGAUCCCGCCCGACGUGCGCCUCUCGGCGCUUACCCUGAGCACCGUCAAGUACGAGGUGCCCUUCAAGGGGCUGGUGGCCAACCUCAAGGUGGGCGACACGCCGCCGGCCCUGCUGGGCAGCCAGGGCAUCCGCAGCGACACGGAGUACCUGUGCACCAAGCAGAAUCCCUGUGCCCACGGGGGGCUCUGCAGCGUGCUGAAUGGCGAGGUGCAGUGCGACUGCAGUAUGACCGGCUUCCAGGGCAAGUUCUGCAGCGAAGAAGAGCACACUAUGGAAGGUCCUGCUCAUCUGACGUUAAACAGCCAAGUAGGGUCCAUUCUGUACUCGGAAGGGGGGGAAGGGAGAGGAGCCAGUGAGGUGCAGCACACAUCGAAAGGGAAGGAGGAAUACGUGGCGACCUUCAAGGGCAACGAGUUCUUCUGCUACGACCUGUCCCACAACCCGAUCCAGAGCAGCACUGAUGAGAUCACUCUGUCCUUCCGCACCCUGCAACGCAAUGGCCUCAUGCUGCACACGGGGAAGUCGGCCGACUACGUCAACCUGUCGCUCAAGAGCGGGGCCGUGUGGCUAGUCAUCAACCUGGGGUCGGGCGCCUUCGAGGCGCUGGUGGAGCCCGUCAAUGGCAAGUUCAAUGACAACAACUGGCAUGACAUCCGGGUGACCCGGAACCUGCGCCAGCACGCAGGAAUUGGACACGCUAUGGUGACCAUUUCCGUGGAUGGCAUCCUGACAACGACGGGCUACACACAGGAGGAUUAUACCAUGCUGGGCUCAGAUGACUUUUUCUACAUUGGGGGCAGCCCCAACACAGCUGACCUGCCGGGGUCCCCAGUCAGCAAUAACUUCAUGGGGUGUCUCAAGGAUGUUGUGUACAAGAACAAUGACUUCAAGCUGGAGCUGUCGCGCCUGGCAAAGGAGGGCGACCCCAAGAUGAAGAUCAAUGGGGACUUGGUGUUCCGCUGUGAGAAUGUGGCAGCGCUGGACCCAGUCACCUUUGAGUCGCCCGAGGCCUACAUCUCCCUGCCCAAGUGGAACACCAAGAAGACUGGCUCCAUCUCCUUUGACUUCCGCACCACCGAGCCCAAUGGGCUGCUGCUCUUCAGCCAUGGGCGCCUGCAGCCCCCGCGGGAGGGCCGUGCUGAGCGUCCACACAAGGCUGACUACUUCGCCAUGGAGCUGCUGGACGGCCACCUUUAUCUGCUGCUGGACAUGGGUUCUGGCGGCAUCAAGAUGCGGGCCAGCAACAAGAAGGUCAAUGACGGCGAGUGGUGUCACGUGGACUUCCAGCGUGAUGGGCGUAAAGGCUCCAUCUCAGUGAAUAGCCGCAGCAUACCAUUCCUGGCCAGUGGCGAGAGUGAGAUCCUGGACCUGGACAGUGAGAUGUACCUGGGGGGCCUUCCCGAGAAUCGGCUGGACUUGAUCCUACCCCCUGAGGUGUGGACUGCCUUCCUCAACUACGGCUACGUGGGCUGCGUGCGGGACCUGUUCAUCGACGGCAAGAGCCGGGACGUGCGGCGCCUGGCCGAGGUGCAAAGCGUGCCCGGCGUCUCCAGCUUCUGCUCCCGGGAGACCCUCAAGCAGUGCAGCAGUGCACCCUGCCGCAAUGGGGGGGUCUGCCGUGAGGGCUGGAACCGCUUCGUCUGUGACUGCCUUGGCACUGGCUACCUGGGCAGAGUGUGCGAGAGAGAGGCCACAGUGCUGAGUUAUGAUGGCAGCAUGUACAUGAAGAUCAUGCUGCCGGGGGUGAUGCACACGGAGGCCGAGGAUGUGUCCCUGCGGUUCAUGUCCCAGCGUGCCUAUGGCUUCAUGCUGGCCACCACCUCCAAGGAGUCAGCCGACACCCUGCGCCUCGAGCUUGACGGCGGGCAGAUGAAGCUUACCGUCAACCUAGACUGUGUCAGGAUAGGCUGUAACCCCAGUAAAGGCCCCGAGACCCUCUUCGCUGGCCACAAACUCAACGACAAUGAGUGGCACACAGUGCGGGUUGUGCGGCGCGGGAAGAGCCUGCAGCUCUCGGUGGAUAACGUCACAGUGGAAGCAGGGCAGAUGGCCGGCGCGCACACCCGCCUGGAGUUCCACAACAUCGAGACCGGCAUCAUGACGGAGCGCCGCUUCAUCUCCGUGGUGCCCUCCAACUUCAUCGGGCACCUGAGCAGCCUGGUGUUCAAUGGGCUGCCCUACAUGGACCUGUGCAAGAAUGGCGACAUCAGCUACUGCGAGCUCAAUGCCCGCUUCGGCCUGCGCAGCAUCAUUGCCGACCCCGUCACCUUCAAGAGCCGCGCCAGCUAUCUGGCGCUGGCCACGCUGCAGGCCUAUGCCUCCAUGCACCUCUUCUUCCAGUUCAAAACCACCGCCACCGACGGCCUCAUCCUCUUCAACAGCGGCAAUGGCAACGACUUCAUCGUGGUGGAGCUGGUCAAGGGGUACAUCCACUAUGUCUUCGACCUGGGCAACGGGCCAUCGCUGAUGAAGGGGAACUCGGACAAGCCGGUUAAUGACAAUCAGUGGCACAAUGUAAUCGUGUCGCGUGACACCAGUAACGUCCACACGCUCAAGAUCGACUCCCGCACUGUCACCCAGCACUCCAACGGUGCCCGCAACCUGGACCUCAAGGGAGAGCUGUACAUCGGGGGGCUGAGCAAGAACAUGUUCAACAACUUGCCCAAGCUGGUGGCCUCGCGGGACGGCUUCCAAGGCUGCCUGGCCUCCGUGGACCUCAACGGCCGCCUGCCUGACCUCAUCGCUGACGCCCUGCACCGGAUCGGGCAAGUCGAGAGGGGCUGCGAUGGGCCCAGCACCACGUGCACCGAGGACUCUUGCGCCAACCAGGGCGUCUGCCUGCAGCAGUGGGACGGCUACACGUGUGACUGCACCAUGACCUCGUACGGUGGCCCCGUAUGCAACGACCCUGGCACCACGUACAUCUUUGGGAAGGGCGGGGCGCUUAUCACCUACACCUGGCCGCCCAACGACCGGCCCAGCACACGAGCCGACCGGCUGGCCGUGGGCUUCAGCACGCACCAGAAGAAUGCCAUCCUGGUGCGGGUGGACAGCGCCUCCGGGCUGGGGGACUAUCUGCAGCUGCAUAUAGACCAAGGCACAAUCGGGGUCAUCUUCAACGUGGGCACGGAUGACAUCACCAUCGAGGAGACCAAUGCCAUGGUGAACGACGGCAAGUACCACGUGGUGCGCUUCACCAGGAGCGGGGGCAAUGCCACGCUGCAGGUGGACAACUGGCCCGUCAACGAGCGCUACCCAGCAGGGAACAGUGAUAAUGAGCGGCUGGCGAUUGCUAGGCAGAGAAUUCCGUAUCGGCUCGGUCGAGUAGUAGAUGAGUGGCUACUCGACAAAGGAGGUGAAUUAGUAUUGCCCAUAAUUACCGAAGAUUCCUUAGACACCCCACCAAUUGCCACCCGGUCUCCAUUCAUACCCCCGCCACCUACCUUUGGCCCCUUCCUAACCGUAAUAGAGACCACCAGAGACACCCUAGCCCCUUCUGCCAAUCAAAAACCCCCGUGCUUAGCCGACCAAGAGGACAGCGAUUGCGAAGAGGGCAUUGAGGCCUCCGGUUACGCCUCGGGUGAGGUCUUCGACUCCAGCCUGCCCCCUACUGAUGACGAAGAUUUUUACACCACAUUCCCCUUGGUCACAGAUAGGACCCUGCUGGCCAGGCCAGAUGGAGCAUCUAAAAAGUCCCAAGGCUUCAGGCCCAACAUUAGGACAGGAGUGCCAGCUUCAUCCUCAAUCCCUGAGCUCCUGACCUCCACUGCCUCUCCCGAUCUGGUCCGUAACAUCCCCGCCGGCAAAAUGAACAAUCGCGAGGCCCCCAAACCCCACCCAGACCAGUACCCCCCUUUGCCCACCUCUUUUGAACUCGACAACCGUAACAGGCAUAAGUACCCCAGUAUAACAUCUUCCCCCAAUUUCCACAAUCUACCCACAGCUAACCCCACCGGCUCGGGGGAGAGGGGUCCCCCGGGAGCCGUCGAGGUGAUCCGCGAAUCUAGCAGCACCACGGGGAUGGUGGUCGGCAUUGUGGCGGCGGCCGCCCUGUGCAUCCUCAUCCUCCUCUAUGCCAUGUACAAGUACCGAAACCGGGACGAAGGCUCUUACCAGGUGGAUCAGAGCCGGAACUACAUCAGCAACUCGGCACAGAGCAAUGGCACGGUGGUGAAGGAGAAACCCACCUCUGCCACCAAAACCCCCAGCAAGAGCAAGAAAAACAAGGACAAGGAGUAUUAUGUGUGAGUCUCCGCCCCCCCUGGCCCCGCCUCCCUCCUGUCCCUCUGGUGGCGAGCGCGAGAGAGAGACGAUCGCAAGGUGAGACCGGCUCAAAUCAUGCCAACCUUUGGAUACAAGAGACCAACGAAACCUCCCAGCCUUCCUUUCUCCUCCCUCUGCAUCACAGAGGCAACCAGUGGAUCCUGCCCCCCACCUCCACCCCACACUGGUUUCAAUUUGUUCAUUUCUCCCUUAUUUAAUUUUUCAGUUCAUCCUCAUAAAUUAAUAACAACCACCCCAAAAUCAAAAUCAUGCUCGCUUCCCACCCCGGAUUCCUUCAGAUCUUGGGGGUUUCUUUAAUUUGUUUUCCUUUUAGCAAACGAAGUGGGGGAAAGAACAGGGCAGGGGGCGAUCAAAUCACACAUGCCAUGGUUAGAGGUUGGCACCGGAAAUAAGCAACCACUCGGAAAGAGAACAGAAAACGAGGAUCUGGGAGGGGUAGAUGGAUUGAUGAAGGCUUCGGAGCUCCCUAGAUAAAGCUGAGCCAGGAUUUUGCCUUCAAGAUAUAUAUAUAUAGAGAGAGAGAGAGGUGACAGCUGAUUCCCCCACUCUGUUACCCCAGGAGGUUAGAUGCUUCCUCAUCCGGAUGAAACUUUGGGGUACAUCUCCCCACCCCUUUUACACCCCUCUCCCAUGCCCUGUUUGGAAACAGACUAAUCCAAUUGGGAUACAAAUGAUUUGAUUUUUCUCUCAUAACUAUCGACAAAAUUACGACGCGGAGCAGGAUACAGCUGGAUCCAGAAAACUUGGCUGGGCAAAGAUUUUGGGGACGAAAAAUCGGUCUCUCUCGGAAUUAUUAUUAAAACAAUAAAAGGGGGGGUCUUUAAUUAUAACUGAUUUUUUUUUUCUCUCUCUUUGUUAAUGUGUCAGAGUCUUGGAAAUGUGUGGAGUAAACCGAACCGAAACAAACAAAAUCACGAACUCUCGGGAAAAUAAAAAUGAAUCCAUUAAUAACGAUGGUGGUAAAUAAAGCAGUUAACAUGGAUCUUGUCCAACUAUGGAACUGAUCAGCCAUUCGGCUCUCUGCUCUGUAGUAACAAAAGGGGGUGCUAUUCUCAAAAGGGUUAGAGUUGGGAUGGUGUUGGUUUUUGCAUAAGCAACAGCGACGGGAGCUGAGACUGGUUUGGGGGUACCUGCUCGGGAUGUGUGGGGGUGGGGGAGAUGGGAAAAUAUAUACAAUGUUUCUGUUUUGUUUUCAGGGGAUUGACGGCGUAAUUCCUUUUCCCCCAUGCAUCCUCCACUCCCAUCCCCUUUUCUCCAUGCCAAGGUGCUAUUGUGAUCAUCCUUUAAGUGUCUUCUCAGAGCAUGUCCUUAAAUUGUGUUGUUCUUUCAAGGUAUCUAGGACAGGGGGGUAAGCAGCUGUUGAUGGGAAUUUGCAAAUGAAACGGGGGGUGGAGGCGUUGGACUAUUUCCUUCACCCGCACCUUCGCCCCUCACUGGGGGAAUUGGAAAGGCUUUUCAAAUGACUAUAUAUAAAGAGAGCUCUAUAUAUAUAUAAAAUAUAUAUAUAUAUAAAUAUAUAUAUUAUAUAACGUAUAUGUGUGGACAGUUUAACACAGAAGAAUCAAAGAGAGUUUGGAAGGACGUUUGAAAAGGAGCUAGAGACAAAAAAUCUCUCCCCGCCGUGUUACAGGUAGGAUCCCUCGAUGAUCUCUGGGCACGGCCACUGGAGACCAACUCCCAUCUUUGAUCCCGAUUCUGCAAGACUCCAGCCCAUCCUUCUGCAUGCAAACUGGCCGACAGGGCUGGCCCCUGCUUCCAGACAGGUCGGUGCCACAGGGCUUUGCUCUGUCAGGGGCUUUUCAGCUGGUUCCAAUGCAGCAACGCACUUCAGCACCUGCCUAGCUCAAAGCAUAGGGGUCGUCCGGUCAAAGCCAGUAGGGAAAGAGUCACAGAUUGGAAGGGAGACAUGGCAGAAUUUUGCCCAGAGGUUCCUGCACCCAGCCCAUGACUUGCGUCCCAAUUAAACCAUAUCUAUUGGACGAUAGAAAGCCCUCAAGGGAUGCAGAAUCCGCAUCCCUUGGGGAACGGCUCUAAAAUUUCAUUCCUCAUCUCCACCGGUAAAAACGUACAUCUUACUGGCGCCAGCUCCAGCCAUCAGAUCUCACUGUCCAUCUGCUAGAUCUAGCAGUAAACCCCUUUUCUCGGGGGCAGUAUCAAUGAAGCUAAGGGAGCUGUGCUGGAUUGGGGUUGGAGAACUCCAGCCCUACCAGGCUCAUGCCCAUUGCUGGGAAGAGUGUAGGAAGACGAGGAAUUUGGAUCGGAAUUCUUUCUUUCAGAGUGAUAGGAUGCAGGUGAAAUAGGCACUUCAAUUUCUCAAGCCUGGCAAAGUUAUUGCAAACUCCCCUCGCCUUCAAUGCUAAAAUGCCAAAAGGGGCUAGCAUCGAGCUGAAGAGAGGGUGAUAUAUCUGCCAUUGUAAGCUGUGAACUGAAAUAAUUUCAUAUUAAUUUUCAGGCUUUGAGGUGUUGUUUUUUUAUUAAGAAAAGGCAUCACAUUUUGCAAAGUUUCCAGGGUAUUUAGGCUCCUAAACUUUUUGAAAAUGAAAUUUAGGCUCCUAAAUCUCUUAGGUGCUUUGAAGAAUGUUAGCGAAGGUGAAAUUUGGUGGACAUCUCUCAGCAUCUUAGACCACUGCAUGAGCUCAAGUUCUGUAUUUUUCUCUUACCAAAAAUCCCAACAUUUUUUUUAAAGACGCAGAUAAUUAUUGGAGUUUCGUUCAUUCCAAACUUCGCCACUGAAUGGAACUGUCUGCAGGGUGAAGGAGGGGGAUUUCUGUCCGUUUCUCUAGGAGUGUAAUGAACAUUAUCAACUGUAAAUUAAUUUGUACAUUAUUAAUAUUUUAUUUUUGUUUGGGGGAGGGGCUCGGGCGGAGAAAUGAAGGUCGCAAACUCUAUUUUAAAAAUAUGACACUCUGAUAAAUAUCCUCUUUUUAAAAUAUCGAGAGAGAGAUUGGUUUAUUUUACCAAUAGAAUUCCCAAUCUUUUUCCUUUACAGCAUUCCAGGUGGGGAGGAAAUAAAUUUUUAAUUCAUUCUUUUUGUAUCAGUUUUGGUUUAGUUUUUUUAAUGAACAGAAACCCCUUCCUGAUUGUUUUGGGGGAAAUACUCUGUGGUUCUGCAUAUUUACCCUGUAAACUUCCUGUACUCUUCAAUGUUACUGUAAAGUGUUACCAAUUAUGAUGAAGUCAAAAAAAACUUUCAACCCAUGUACAUUACCGCAAAGGGGAAUACAGUUGAUUCUAUACUUCGUACAA